AUGACUACAAUCAAACGAUUAUUUAUCAAAGCUUCAAAUAAUUAUGAUUCUGAUUUUCAAAUUGUACCUGUUAAUACAAAUGAACCAUUAGAAAUUAAAUCAGAUAUUGGUGUAUUUAAAUUAUUAAUUAAUAUUAAGAAAUUCGAUGGUUCACAACCUCAUUUAUCAAAUAGUUUAUAUAAUCAAGAAGAUAAAACUUAUUUAAAUGGUGAUAAAAUUGAUUUUAACACUAAUUCCAAUAAAGAAGAUGGACCAGAACCAAAUUUAAGAAUUAAUAUUGAAUUUAUACCAAAAGAAGAUAUUAAAGGUGGUGAUUUAAUUUUUGGUAACGAUUUUACUUAUUCAAUAAAAGAUUAUGUUCCCACCACAUUAUUAAGUACUGGAUUAAAAUUAUUCAAUUGGUUUAUAAAUGAUACAGUUAAAGGUGAUAUAUAUUCAUCAAAACCUUUUCUUUAUGGAUUAGCAUUAAAUAGUUUUAGUUAUAUUGGUAUUGAUAAAAAACCAAAAGAAGUGGUAGACACUAAAGCAAAACCAAUGAAUUAUAAAGAAAAUAUAAGUGAUGAAAUUGAAAAUGGACCAACAAAUUCAACAGAAAGAAAGAAAUUUUUCAAUACUGCUGAAAAAUGUAAUCAAUUUACUUUUAAAACUAAUAAAAAAUAUGAUUUUCAAUUUGAUACUGAUUUUUUGAAAUUAUCGGAUUCAAAAUAUUUAGUUUCAAUACCAAGAUUUGAUAUUGAUGUAUCAAAAUAUGCAAAUGAUACUUUAAAUAAUGUUAAUUGGGUAAUUAAAAAAAAUGGUUAUGAUGGUGUUGGUUCAGGUACUUUAGGUUUAAUCAUUAAUUUUGCUUUAAGAACUGAAGAUCAAAAAGAUGAGUAA